AACUGAGAGGCGAAAUGGCGCAGAAAGGAGUUCAGCUGGACCAGGAAACCUUCUCUUGUUCCAUCUGUCUGGAUCUACUGAAGGAUCCGGUGACUAUUCCCUGUGGACACAACUACUGCAAGAACUGUAUUAAAUCCCACUGGGAUAAAAAGGAUGGGAUCCACAGCUGCCUUAAGUGCAGGCAGACCUUCACACCGAGGCCUGUCCUGUUGAAGAACACCAUGUUUGGAGCUUUAGUGGAGGAGCUGAAGAAGACUGGACUACAAGCUGCUCCUGCUGAUCACUGCUAUGCUGGACCUGAAGAUGUGGGAUGUGAUGUCUGCACUGGGAGAAAACUGAAAGCCUUCAAGUCCUGUCUCGUGUGUCUUGUCUCUUACUGUGAGAAACACCUCCAGCCUCACUAUGAGUCCCCUGCCUUUGAAAAACACAAGCUGGUGGAGCCCUCCCAGAAGCUCCAGGAGAACAUGUGCUCUCGUCACGAUGAGGUGAUGAAGAUGUUCUGCCGUACUGAUCAGCAGUGUAUCUGUUAUCUCUGCUUUGUGGAGGAACAUAAAGGCCACGACACAGUCUCAGCUGCAGCAGAAAGGACUGAGAGGCAGAGAGAGCUCGAGGGGAGUCGACUAAACAUCCAGCAGAGAAUCCAGGACGGAGAGAAAGAUGUGAAGCUGCUUCAGCAGGAGGUGGAGGUCAUCAAUCGCUCUGCUGACAGAGCAGUGGAGGACAGUGAGAAGAUGUUCACUCAGCUGAUCCGUCUCAUGCAGAAAAGAAGCUCUGAUGUGAAGCAGCAGCUCAGAUCGCAGCAGGAAAGUGAAGUGAGUCGAGUCAAAGAGCUUCAGGAGAAGCUGGAGCAGGAGAUCACUGAGCUGAAGAGGAAAGACGCUGAUCUGAAGCAGCUCGCACACACAGAGGACCACACCCAGUUUCUAAAACAUUACUCCUCACUCUCACAUCUCAGGGAGUCUACAGUGUUACCCAGCAUCAACAGUCCUCUGCAGUACUUUAAGGAUGUGAUAGCUGCUGUGUCAGAAGCCAGAGAUAAAGUCCAGGACCUUCUGAGUGAGAUGUGGCCAAAGAUUGUACGUACAGUGACUGAAGUGGAUGCUUUACUCUCACAACAACUCACGAGAAGAGAGAGUCGUAGGGCUGUAAAAUGACUCUGCAUCCAAAAAAAGAAACCGUAGGAAUGCAUUUUUCUGAGGGGCAUAGCUUCAAUGUCCCAACGUUUGGUUCCCCAGGUAGACCCAGUGACUUAUGUCAGGUCCUGAGUAGAGAGAGUCUACGCUGGACUCGCUCUUCAGCCUUCGAGCGAACACAAUGCCACGCUGUGUCAGCUGAACCACUGGAACUUUUGUUAAUAUCAUUAAUAAAUGGUCAAAUGAUAAUUAAUAAUGUUGACUAAUUAUUAGUUAUGCUCCAAUUUAUUUUGUGUUUUCUGAAAUAAUUAGUUUAGAAAUUCUAUAUUGUACCAUAUGGCUGUUGUUGCACACAUAACAUUUUAUUUACUAUAUUAUGUCAAUAAUUACCAAAUGAUUUGUCUAUAAACAUUACAGAGAUAGAUGGACCAGAAACCAAUUAUUAAAUCUGACAAAGUAUUAACUAUCUAAAAUAUGUUUAUAGAUGCAUUACAACAUAUUUAUUAACAAUUUAAUAGGUAUUAUUAUCUU